GGUUUCUAGUCUCUAUCAGUCCUUCCAGAAAAAACGUUGUGGGCAAAAUCCUUGAUCUUGCGGCACGUUUUCUGAAAUAAAUGCGAUGGAAUAUGCAGGAUAUUUAUGCAAUUUCAUGCGCUGAAAUUGCGGGAACUUGCAAAAAUUGCGGGAAUUUGCCAAAAUUGCGGGAACUUCCAAAAACUGCGGGAACUUGCAAAAAUUGUUUUCAACUUUUGCAGCUUUUCAAUGAUGACAAUCACAUCACUUUAUAAUGUUCCCAUGGUAACAGGGGACAUGGUUGUGCUUGUGUGAGGUAAAUGCAACAUUUUUCAACUUUCUUCUAAGAUCGCACGGAAAUCUGCAAUUUAUGCUGCCAAAGUGCGGUGUAUUUCAAAAAAUGUGUCCCCCGCAAUAAAUAUGCGGACUUUGGCUGAUUAUGCGUUAAAUUAUGUGAUCGUAUAAUCGCGUUUUUCUGGAGGGACUGCUCUAUCUUUAAAUAAAACUCUAAAUCAUAGUUUUUUUGUGGUCACUGUGGACUGACUGACACACUACUGCUGUUGUGUUUGUGUUGCAAAUCUUUCCUGGCUCCUCCUUCUCCAUGUUUUAGACCAAACCAUUUCCUGACCUGAAUACUGGUCUGUUCAGUCUAAAGACUCACUACAGCUGUGUGUUAAUCUCUUUUACUAUGGCUUUUGUGGAAACACUUCUCCUGAAUGUCUCUAGCACAGGAGCUUUACUCGCUGCUCUUCUUCUGCUUUUGGUUCUUUAUUUCUGCUUUAGGUCUCCAGAAGAUGACCAAGAACCUCCAGGACCCAAACCACUGCCACUUGUGGGAAACCUGCACCUUCUGGACCUCAAACAACUUCAUGUGAGCCUCUGGGAUUUAUCAAAGAAAUAUGGGUCAGUGUUCAAAAUUCAUCUUGGACCCAAAAAGAUUGUGGUUUUGGCCGGAUACAAGACGGUUAAACAAGCACUGGUGAACCAGGCUGACGAAUUCGGGGAAAGAGACAUAACACCCAUAUUCCAAGACAUCAAUAAAGGACACGGAAUCGGCCUUACAAAUGGUGAUAGGUGGAAAACCAUGAGAAGAUUUGCUCUCUCAACUCUUCGAGACUUUGGGAUGGGAAAGAAACUGAGUGAAGAGAAAAUUAUUCAGGAGACGCGAUAUCUGCGGAAAGUGUUUGAGACCUUCCAAGGAAAUCCUUUUGAUACAACCCAGCCAGUAAAUUAUGCAGCUUCUAACAUCAUUUCAGCUAUUGUUUAUGGAAAUCGGUUCGAUUAUGAGGAUCCAAAGUUUAACGAAAUGGUUGACAGGGCAAACCAGUUCAUCCUCAUGACCGGCUCUGCUGCCAUACAGAUCUACAACAUGUUUCCAGUGCUUAGGCCGUGGCUGAAGACCUGGAGACUGCUAAUGGAAUGUGUGGAUAAAUACCAUGCUGAAAUACAGGUGCUGGUGGAUCGCUUACGGGAGACCUUUAACCCUUUUGACUGCAGAGGAUUAGUUGAUGCCUUCUUUAUCCAAAAACAAAGCUUAGAGAAAUCUGGAGAAAAUGAUUCACAAUUUAAUGAUCUGAACCUGCUCAUGACUGUGUCCGACCUGUUUUCUGCCGGUUCUGACACCACCGGCACAACGCUACGCUGGGGUUUACUGCUCAUGGCCAAAUAUCCUCACAUACAAGAUCGGGUUCAUGAGGAAAUUGACAGGGUGCUUGAUGGACGUGAACCGGUUACAGAGGACAGGAAGAAUUUACCUUACACAGACGCUGUGAUCCAUGAAAUCCAGAGACUGGCGAAUUUAGUGCCCUUAAAUGUGCCACAUAAAACCAGCUGUGAUGUGAACUUCAAUGGAUAUCUCAUCAAGAAGGGGACGUGUGUUCUGCCACUGCUGACGUCUGUUUUGAGAGAUGAGAGCGAGUGGGAGACGCCCGACACUUUCAACCCUGAACACUUCCUCAAUGAGAACGGUCAGCUGAUCAAACGUGAUGCCUUCAUGCCCUUCUCUGCAGGACGCAGGAUUUGUUUAGGAGAGGGUUUGGCCAGGAUGGAGCUCUUUCUGUUCUUCACUUCUCUUCUUCAGUGUUUUCACUUCACUCCUCCACCUGGAGUCUCUGAAGAUGAAUUGGAUCUCACACCAGUUGUGGGUCUUGUCUUGAACCCCUCGCCACACAAACUGUGUGCAGUCAGUAGGGUAGAAAAACAAAAGGCAAAAUAACUAAAUAUAUACCUCAUAAAGAUUGUAAAACAUAAAGACUCUUAAAGUGGCGUACAGUGACUUCUUUUUCGAGGGCACACGACUGCAAAGUUUGUCAAAACAUGUUGCUCAUCAUGUCAAAAUAUGCGUUUGGUGCGUCAUGUGAACCUAUGUGCACCACACAUCAUGCAAAAUACGUGCUUGCUGCAGACUCUUCUAAAGGGUUUAUGAUAAAAGAGACGCCUUUGCAUUAGUAUCUUGCGAGUAUUUUGUGAACCUGAGUGUCUCUUUUAUCAUAAACCCGUUCGAUGCGUGUGCAGCAGGCAUGUAUUUUGACAAGACUCAUGAAGCACAAAAGUUUACAUGACGCACCGAACACAUAUUUUGAAAUUGCGCCCAUCGGAGGAGAAGUCACUGGCUGCCACUGGACACUUGUAUCACAUUAUAAGACUCUUUUACUAUUAUAUUAUCCCAUUAGCUUUUACAUCACACAUGUACAUUCUGUGCCUAAACAUAUUCAAUUGCAUUUUUUGUUGGUGUAAAAAUAUAUAUGCUGUAUAAAUAUAUGUAGAUCAUGUUUGCAUGUAUGCAUUUGACAGAUACUUGUAUGCAAACUGAUUUACAAGGCAUUUAAGCUAUACAUUUAUCAGUAUUUGUGUUCACUGGCAUUCAAACCCAUGAUCUUCUCACUGCUAACCCAAUGAUCUAGCAGUUGAGCACAGGAACAUGAUAUUUCUGUAAUGAUUAAAU